CCUCAUCAGCGCCUCCUUUUGUGCGGUGCCUGGAGUAAACAAACCCGCUCCACUACCUCCCCGCCACCACCAACACACACCAGCCUCGCUCGCGCCCUUCCAUCACACCCACACCCGCGCCUGUUCCUCGUAGAAGCUAAGUAAAGGCGCCACUUUGACCCGCGGUGCUGAGUGACAGGUGCGAGGCAAGACCAGGAGUGAGGUGACCACGUGCACUGCGGACUAUACUUACCCAGCCAGCCAUGUCUAACAAGCUGGAGGAGGCACAGAAGGAUGUGGAGGAGGUGCGCACUCUGAUGACGUCAGCCUCCCGCAAGCGUGUGCAGGACAUGCUGGCAAAUGAACUGCGUCGGAUGGAGAUUGAGGUGACCCAGCUCCAGGAGGCAGCUGUGAAUGCAGCCACUCUACAGCAGCAGCAGAACCCAAAGACAUCCACCCCUACUACCUACGAUGUCAACAUCAGGAACUACUCUUGGGACCAGUCAGACAAAUUCACCAAGCUGUACCUGAUGCUGAAAAAUAUACAAAGCCUGCCCAAGGAGUCGAUCACCUCAUCCUUCACUGAGAAGACUGUACAAGUCAAGGUGGAGGGUCUGGAUGGAAAGAACCACCACCUGCGCAUCACCAACCUGGCUGGCACCAUCAAGCCUGACGCCAGCUACCACAAGGUGAAGACAGACAUGGUGGUAGUGCUGAUGGCAAAGGCAGAGAACGGCACCAAGUGGUCUGGGGUGACGGCUGAGGACGCGAAGGCCAACGAGGCACGCAAACCCAAGACUGACUCCUCUGACCCCAAUGCCGGCAUCAUGGACCUCAUGAAGCAGAUGUAUGAUGACGGCGACGACAAGAUGAAGCAGAUGCUUAACAAGACGUGGUAUGAGAGCCAGCAGAAGACCUUGCGUGGAGAAUCAGGAAUGCCAGGGAUGCCAGACCUGGAUCUCUAGCCUGGCACAAGUCUCACUGGUGAAUGAGUAGAGGCAGUGGUGUAGAAAAGCCAUGACGUCAGAUUAGUGACAGUUUUAGAUUUGUCAUUUCUUGAUUUAAUGUUUCUUGUUGGAAUUCAUGUUGUCCACCAUUGGGAUUUGCUAAUUUUUUUGUGAUAGACAAAAUUUUCAUGUGACCUUUUUAGCUUUCUGCAACUCAUGCAUGUAUUUGACAGAUUUAUUGUGGUGUGAAAAAUUGCAAUUUUGUAGUUUGACAUGGUGACCAAAAUUUUUUUUCACAGCACAUCAAGUUUCUGCAAUGUUAGGCAUGAAGAAUCUGUGAUUAAAACCGUGUUUUAUCAGCAUCUGAUAUCGGAAAGUACUUUUGUUGUACUUUAUAUUUAUGCAGAAAUAUUUAUUGUCUCUUGGCUGAGGGAUAUAUUAUGAUAUAAGUUGUCAUUUUUCUGACCAGCAUGGUUGCAAUGUAAAAGAAAUUUGUGUUAUCAGAUCCUUUUUGCAAUACUUAAAAAUACACUGAGAACAUCCAACACUGAUAAUUGACCUUGACAGCUUAGUGGUGUUGGUGCACUCCCUGUGCCAUUGGUACUUAUUGUAAUAACUUACCAGUGUGUGUGUUCCUGACGAAAGUACCAGUUACCAUCUUGUAGGAGAGAAAAAGCUGGCGGGAAGGUGUCUAAAAAUUAAUUGUACACAAGGAGUAAUGAUUGUAUUAAUAGACUCAUUGCCACAAAACAUGUAUUCACAGAAGCACAUGAAGUCUAUUACAGAUAGAAAGUAUGUGUGUGUGUGUGUGUGUGUGUUUCACUGUUUCACUGUUUGAUCUGCUGCAGUCUCAGAUUAGACAGCCAGACGUUACCCUACGGAACGAGCUCAGAGCUCAUUAUUUCCGAUCUUCGGAUAGGCCUGAGACCAGGCACACACCACACACUGGGACAACAAGGUCACAACUCCUUGAUUUACAUCUCGUGUGUGUGUGUGUUUGUACUCAUUUUGGCACCCACACAAAAAGGACUCUUUCUACAAGUGGUGCUGUUGUUGGUGUGUAUUUGCUGUCACCAGGGCAUUGCUGUUCAGAUUGUUGAUUACCAUUGUCAUGAUUUAAUUAUUUGUACUAGAUAGAGAAUUUAUUCAAUUUGUUAGAUGCAAUCCUUGACUUUGAUAGUGUUGUGGCCACCAGAGCAAUGUGUAACCUUUUAAUCUUGAAAUAGUGCAUGCAUUUUUAAAAUUCUUAGUAAAUUGAGGAAAUAUAACAGGCUAGAACUUUUAAUUUAAUUAAUAAAUAUAUAGAUAUUCAUUUGCAUUGUCACUUUGUAGAAAUUUGGCACUGUGACCUUGUAUAUGCAGUGACACAAAGAGCACUGAUAAAAUUACUGUAGCAACAUA